AUGGCCUGGACCGAGAAAGAUGUUAAUGGCAGUGAGAAGGACCUGAUUGCAGAAAAUGGUUUCUUAAAAGAUCAAUCGUCUUCUCCUGGUCCAAGUACUUUAACAGCUGAUUUGAUUCCCACACAAAAGGAAUUUGAAGGGAAAGAUGCUCUUUCUUAUGCUAACAUUCUUCGGUCCAGGAACAAGUUUGUCGACGCUCUUGCCAUAUAUAGUAGUGUCUUGGAGAAAGAAAAUGGGUGUGUUGAAGCCCACAUUGGAAAAGGUAUAUGCUUGCAGAUGCAGAACAUGGGAAGGCCUGCAUUUGAGAGCUUUGCUGAAGCCAUCAAAUUGGAUCCACAGAAUGCUUGUGCUCUCACUCACUGUGGUAUUCUAUACAAAGAUGAAGGUCGUCUGGCAGAUGCUGCUGUGUCUUACCAAAAAGCUUUAAGAGCAGACCCUUCAUACAAACCAGCUGCAGAAUGCCUAUCCAUUGUUCUAACUGAUCUCGGAACCAGCUUGAAGCUUGCUGGCAAUACACAGGAGGGAAUUCAGAAGUAUUAUGAAGCUCUUAAAAUAGACCCACACUAUUCUCCUGCCUACUAUAACCUUGGUGUUGUCUAUUCCGAGUUGAUGCAAUAUGACACAGCCCUUAGCUGCUAUGAGAAGGCUGCACUAGAGAGACCUAUGUAUGCUGAAGCAUAUUGCAACAUGGGUGUCAUUUAUAAAAACCGUGGUGACUUAGAAUCUGCCAUUGCCUGUUACGAGAGGUGUCUAGCUGUGUCUCCUAAUUUUGAGAUCGCAAAAAAUAAUAUGGCAAUUGUCUUGACAGAUUUGGGAACAAAGGUUAAGUUGGAGGGGGACAUUAACCAAGGUGUAGCAUGUUACAAGAAGGCUUUGUAUUAUAACUGGCACUAUGCGGAUGCUAUGUAUAAUCUCGGGGUUGCUUAUGGUGAAAUGCUGAAAUUUGAUAUGGCAGUUGUGUUCUAUGAACUUGCUUUCCACUUCAACCCCCACUGCGCAGAGGCAUGCAACAACUUAGGAGUAAUAUACAAAGAUAGAGACAACCUUGAUAAAGCUGUGGAAUGUUAUCAGUUGGCUUUGUCAAUCAAACCAAACUUCUCUCAGUCGUUGAACAACCUUGGUGUUGUUUACACAGUUCAGGGUAAAAUGGAUGCUGCUGCUAGCAUGAUUGAGAAAGCUAUCAUUGCCAAUCCUACAUAUGCAGAAGCUUAUAACAAUUUAGGGGUUCUUUACAGAGAUGCUGGCAAUAUAUCCAUGGCUGUUGCAGCGUAUGAGCAGUGCCUUAAGAUAGAUCCCGAUUCUCGUAAUGCAGGACAGAACCGACUUCUGGCAAUGAACUACACAAAUGAAGGAGAUGAUGAUAAACUUUUUAAGGCUCACAGGGACUGGGGAAGGCGGUUUAUGAGAUUAUAUCCACAAUAUGAUUCAUGGGACAACCCAAAAGAUCCAGAUCGACCUCUUGUGAUUGGAUAUGUUUCUCCAGAUUAUUUUACUCAUUCUGUAUCUUAUUUCAUCGAAGCCCCUCUUAUUUAUCAUGACUAUGGGAAAUACCAAGUGGUUGUUUAUUCAGCGGUGGUGAAGGCUGAUGCAAAAACUAAUAGAUUUGGGGAAAAAGUCAUUAGAAAGGGUGGGGUGUGGAGGGAUAUAUAUGGUAUUGAUGAAAAAAAGGUUGCAAGCAUGGUUAGAGACGAUAAAAUUGACAUUUUGGUUGAGCUUACUGGUCAUACAGCAAACAACAAAUUGGGAAUGAUGGCAUGUCGACCGGCACCUGUUCAGGUGACUUGGAUUGGCUAUCCCAAUACUACUGGUUUGCCUACCAUUGAUUACCGAAUAACUGAUUCACUUGCGGAUCCUCCUGGUACGAAGCAGAUGCAUGUCGAGGAGUUAGUCCGACUUCCAGAAUGCUUCCUUUGUUAUACUCCUUCCUCGGAGGCUGGACCUGUUUCACCAACUCCUGCUCUUUCCAAUGGCUUCAUCACAUUCGGUAGCUUUAAUAAUCUGGCAAAGAUUACACCCAAAGUAUUGCAAGUUUGGGCAAGGAUAUUAUGUGCCGUUCCAAACUCCCGACUGGUGGUGAAAUGCAAGCCGUUUUGUUGUGACAGUGUUAGGCAGAAGUUUCUUACAACACUAGAGCAACUGGGUUUAGAAUCUCUUCGUGUUGAUCUUCUCCCUCUAAUUCUUCUUAAUCAUGACCACAUGCAAGCGUAUUCUCUUAUGGACAUUAGCUUGGACACUUUUCCAUAUGCCGGAACAACAACGACAUGUGAAUCGUUAUACAUGGGGGUGCCAUGUGUAACCAUGUCUGGUUCAGUGCAUGCUCAUAACGUUGGUGUCAGUCUUCUCAGCAAAGUUGGGUUAGGACAUCUGAUUGCCAAAAAUGAAGAUGAAUAUGUCCAGUUGGCACUACAACUUGCCUCGGACAUCACUGCUCUCCAGAACCUGAGAGCUAGUCUUCGAGACCUUAUGUCUAAGUCACCUGUCUGUGAUGGACAGAACUUUAUCAGUGGUUUGGAGGUAGCAUAUCGGAGCAUGUGGCACCGGUACUGUAAGGGUGAUGCCCCAUCUUUACGAUAUAUGGAAAUGCUAAAAGAAGAGGGCAUUCUCGAAGAGCGAACUAUUGAAACAAUCGAACCUGAAAGGGUAACAAUCUCAAAAGACAACUCUCAAGGAUCAAAAGAGUCCAACGGAUUUAUUCAGGCUCCAUUGGCUAUGCUGAAUCACACCGCUUUAGAAGACAGCAGGAGUCAGUUGAACCAGACUACUAAUUCCGGCAAGCUGAGCUGACAUCUUAUUUUUCAGUGCAUAUUUUGCACUUUCACAGUUACCUUAAAAUUUGAUUCGAAGUUCGUUCCGGGGGAACAACCCUCUUAAAAGGUACAAAUAUCUAUCAUAUCCACAACCCGAGGCUGGUGGAUAACAUAGGUUGCGGCCCAAUAUUACGAUUGAUAGUAUUCCCAUUUUUUCGGGAGAAAGAAUGCCGGCAGACUGGUAAAAAUAUGGAUUGAAGAAUAGCAGAUAGGGAUGAGAUGAUGCUAUGAUCUACCGGAAUUGAUACCGAAUUGCUCUAAAAUUUCUCCCCCAUGAACUAAAGAAACCGUAGAAAUUUAGAUAUGGUAUUGUAUAUUUUGAGGAGAGGUUUAGUUUUGGUUUAACAAUACCCAUGGCUUUUGUUUUGAGUAGUUUUGAC